AUGAUAGGUACGGAUUCGUAUCUAAUAACUAUUGAAUUUCCUGAUAAAGAAGAUAAGAAUUCAAUCUCAGAUUAUCGCUAUUCCGAUAUUGAAGUUACAGUCAUCGAUUUGACGAAAAUGGGUAAUGACUUAGAACCCUUGAAGGCACAGCUGCUUGGAAAAGGUAUUAUAAGACUAUAUAGAGAGUUAGAAGAUGAGGAUGGAGAGAUAUCGUCUUUUAAUAUACUGGAUCAUCCAACAGAACUCAUCUCUGGUGAUGAUACGAUGGUGGCAGUCGUGGCUGUUCCAACCUAUUUUACUGCCACAGAUCUAUUAGGAUUUAUAGGAGAGUCAAAUAUGAAGCAUAUUUCACAUAUUCGGAUAUUGAAAAGUGAUAAACCAAAUCGAUUCUUAGUAUUAAUCAAAUUUAUGGAUAUUAUUAAAGCAGCAGAGUUUCAUCAUAACUUCAAUGGGAAGAUGUUCAAUUCAAUGGAACCAGAAACAUGUCAUGUUGUUUAUGUUAAAGGAGUACAGGUUGAACAUCUGGACAAUCAACUUGAUGACAGAGAGAAUACACUUAUUCCAUUUUUAUUACAAGAUCCUUUCACAUCUCCUGCUCCUUCAUUACCCAACAGUCCAAAUUCUAAGGGGUUCUCACUUAUAUCUACAGAAAAGCCAUUAAUGGAACUUCCAUCAUGUCCCGUUUGUCUUGAAAGAAUGGAUGCAACAGUGACAGGUUUGCUUACAAUUCCAUGUCAGCAUACCUUUCAUUGUCAAUGUCUAUCAAAAUGGAAGGAUGAUACUUGCCCCAUUUGUCGUUAUUCAAAUAAUUUUUCAAAUUUAAAAGUACGAAGAACAGUAAGGAGAUUGCUGCAAAUAGCUUUACCAAGACGUCGAAGUAGCGCCAUUGAACAGGAAGUACCGGAAACAUGUUUUGAUUGUACUGAUAAUGAAAAUUUAUGGAUUUGUCUUAUUUGUGGUAACGUUGGGUGUAGUAGAUAUGCCGAUGGUAAACAUUCGCUCAAACAUUUUAUUGAUACAGGUCAUUGUUUUGCCAUGGAAGUUAACACCUCAAGAGUGUGGGAUUAUGCAGGUGAUAAUUAUGUACAUAGGUUAGUGACAAAUGAGUCAGAUGGGAAAUUAGUGGAGUUACCUGAUAAAAACUCAAAUUCAGAAAAAGCGGAGGAAAAAGUUGACGAAUUAGGCUUUGAAUAUUCUCAGCUUCUUGUUAGUCAGUUGGCAUCGCAGAGAGACUAUUAUGAAUCAUUAUUAGAAGAGCAUGAUGCUCCCAAAUCAAGGAGGGGAUCUAAGCCAGUUGAUUUAGAAACUACAGUUGAAAAAUUAACUGAGAAAAUUGCAAAUUUAACUGACCAAAUUGUUCCUAGUUUGAGAGAAAAGAUUUCACAAAAGGAUGCAAAGCUUAAUAGUAUUUACAAAGAAUUAAGUACAUCGAAUACGAUAAAUAAUGCGCUUUCGGCCAAAGUGGAUUAUCUUGUCAAAUCAAAUGAGGAUUCUCAAUCAAAAAUCAAGCAGCUUGAACAGGAAAAUAAGGCGUUAAAUGAACAGGUCACAGAUUUAAUGUUUUUCCUUGAUAGUCAGGAUAAAUUUAAGGAUGAGCCUCAAGAUGUAAGAGAUGGUACCAUAGUGAUACAAGAACAACCUAAACUUAGACUUAGGGGUAAUAAAAAGAAACUUUGA